ACCAGUGCGCUGGUUUGUCCCUCGCCUAAAUCUAGAUCUUAUCCAAUAGGCAGCCUUGAGCAGAAUCCCGACGUCAAAUUAGUCGUCAUGGGGAAGCGAUAUCGAAAACCUAAAGCUGCAAGUCCGUCGAUUUAGUGCUAUCCAUGUGCCGUCCAUGUGCAGAUCACUCUGCAGCUGCGUUUACCCUAUUCUGGCUUGGACCUAGUCCAACAUCCCAUCAUCCAAGCCACAAACAACAGAAUAUAUAUUUGGGCGUCCCCCGUAGUUAGGAAAGCAACAGCUUCGUGUAGCCAUUUUAAUUAAUCCAGCGCGAGUAGUCUGUCAUUACAGUCUGUACCUUCGUUUUUGAAGCAUCUUGCUUCGUCCUCUUAAUCACGAUGCGUACCUCAUCCCUCGCUUCCCUUCUUCUGCUUGCUCCUCUUGGAACGCUCGCUCAGGGGAAAACUACCUCGAAGGAUGCGACCUGUGGUGGAACCAAGGGAUAUACUUGUCUGAAGUCGACUUGGGGAAACUGCUGUAGCCAGUACGGUUGGUGUGGUAGCACUACUGCAUACUGUGGUACCGGCUGUAAUCCGAGUUUUGGAACUUGUUUAGUAGUUCCCACAACUAUCAAGACCAGCACGCUACGCAGUUCAACGUCUUCCCAGUCCCGUUCCAGCUCAACGUCUCCCCAGUCCCGUUCCAGUUCCAGGACUUCCGCCGCGCCUGCCGCCUCUUCCCAGGCUGUCACUACCAACAGUCGCUGUGGACCGUCUUUCGGCGGGAAAACAUGUCAGGGAUCAAAGUGGGGUAACUGUGUGUAUUCCAGCUCCAUGACUGGAUGAAUAUGAGCUGACCUCUCGUUCCAGGCUGCAG